GGACUGGCAUCACUGGUAGGAUCUGGAGCAUCCCACCACCGUCUGCCUGGAUAAGCAUCACCUGUGAAUCCAUCUGCUUGUGACAUGCCAGGGCCAGGCUGCUCCGGCAAGAUGCUGGUGACAUUUGAGGACGUGGCCAUGCACUUCUCCCCUGAGGAAUGGGCUUUGCUGUCUGGGUGGCAGCGGCAGCUCUACCGGGAGGUGAUGCUGGAGAACUACCAGGCAGUUGCCUCGCUGGGCUAUCUCACCGUCAAGCCAGAGAUCAUUGCCAAGCUGGAGCGAGAGUUGACUCCAUGUGCGACAUCCCUGUCCCUGCCACGGCGCAGGCGCCGAGCUCCUGCACCAGCUGCUGGAGUCACCCACAUGCAACCGGAGGUCCCUGGAGUGCUGCCAGUGCCCACCACCCGGCUCCCAGCAGUGCCCAAGCACAGUGGGAGGCGUCAGCGGGGUCUGUCCAGGGUGAAGCCGCUCCCCACGUGCCCCGAGUGCAACCAGAGCUUCCGGAGCCGCGCGGCGCUGGACGUCCAUGCACGGAGCCACUCAGGAGAGCGGCCCUUCACCUGCACCCGAUGCACCCAGAGCUUCCCCUGCUCCGGUGACCUUGAGCAGCACCAGAAGAGCCACGUCACCCAGGUGGACCUUGACACUGGCCCCCAGAGCCCCAGUGCCUGCGCUGAGUGUGGGAAGAGCUUCGGCAAGAGCCGGGAUCUGAUGCAGCACCAGAACAUGCACCGCGGCCAUCCCUUCAGCCAGAAGCGCCUCCCAGUCACCCGCCAGCGCAUCCGCAGUGGGAAGCGGCCCUUCUCUGCCGCAAGGGCUUCCACAGCAGAAACACCAGCACCGUCCCCCACCAUGGCCACACCGUCAAGAGGGUCCCGCAGUGUGGUGGAUGCGGCAAGGACUGCAUCCAGGGGCAGCACCAGUGGGUGCACCAGGACCGGCUGAUGGCACGUGCGGGUCCAUCUCUGAAGCCCUUCCAUGUAGUGGCUGUGAGAAGCGGUUUUGGGAUGUGGGGACCAGAUGCUGCACCCACAGCACCCACAGCACCCCUGGCCCAUGACCUGGCGCCCCCCAGAACUGCUGCUGAGCAGCCCAUGUCAGCUUCACCAGAGCACCCAUGUGUGAAUGGGGAGUGAAUGGCAGCUCUUCCAUCAUGGACUGCCCUGAAGCAUCCACACUGGAUCCUC